AUGGCAGAAGGGGAGACGCAGACUGAGAGGACAAUAGUCAUCUACGGUCAAGGCGGUAUUCAGACCGACCUUGACCUGAACUCCCUUGCCGAAGAUGAGAUCGCCGCCGUCAUCCCAGAUAUGUUGGUCGACUAUUCAGCGGAAUGUAGGGACUGGACUUUGAUAGCUAGUGAACAUUGGAAGCAAGGGAGAUGGGCUAGGACAGAAGAGUUGUUGAAAAGAGGUAUUACUUUCUUUGCUGGAGGCUCUGGUAGACACCCUGAUCCAGUGGCUUUGGUAAAUUUACAUGCUAUGCUCGCUCAUCUGAACUUGCAUCUGGCAAAAUCAGCGCCAAAGGUCAUACUACCUACAACAAAGUACGAUAAAAUACCUGAGGGGACCAAGACGAAGGGUUUCUACCACAAAGAAGCUGCUGCGAAUCUGAACGCAGCAAGUGAAGCGUUACGAGCGUCGGGAGCUGCACAAGAUGAUGAACCUGUUAGCUUGGCAAUGGGAAGAGUGACUCACUAUUUUGCUACCGGUCAACCUGGUCUCGCGCACCCCUUGGUAGAAAGGCUGUUACAGCGGCAGCCAAACAACCUUAUAGCAUUAACUGCUCAGGCUCGUCUACAAUUCGCUCGUCGGUCUCACGAAGCUGCUCUCAUCACCUAUCAAAAACUCUUGUCCCUCAACCCCGAGAUGUCCCCCGAUCCUCGUAUAGGUCUCGGUCUAUGUCUAUGGCAAUUAGGAGAUAAGGCAAAAGCUCGCACGGCGUGGGAGAGAGCUUUGAGUCGAGAACCAACAUCUUGGGUCUGCUUAUUACUUCUUGGUCUUGCAUCACUGAACUUGGCUAGAGAACCGGCAUUGAAACGAGAUGAGAGAUUACGUCUGGAAACGGAAGGUGUAGAUUUUGUCAAAAGAGCUUUCAAGUUGAACGUCAAGUCACCCGCGUCAGCUCUGGCCUUAGCAACGAUAUCAGGUCAGGGAGGUCAAUUACCCGUGGCAUCGAAAUUGGCCGAAAGAGCGAUACAGUAUUCAGAUAACAAACGACAUUCGGUUUUGGCGAAUGCUGAAAGAGGAAGAUUGGGUUUUGUAGCUGGGGAUGUAGCGGAUGCGGGAAGAUAUAUAGCAGCGGCUAAAGCGGAGGAUCCCAAUACUGUGAAUAUAAUGGCUGAACUGACUUUGGGACAGAUCGCCAUAAAAUCUGGUAAUCUGCGUGAAGCACUGAAUUUCAUUGAACAAACCGCCAAACGAUUGAAUGGUCAAGGACCACUGGAAUAUACAGUCCUACACGCAUGUUUACUCGCCUACCCACAUCCCGGUAUGUCAAACGAAGAAUUAACCAAAAAUCGGAUCACAGCACGAAACAUGUUGUCGGAGUUGCAUAAUUUAGUAGCGACAGCAGAGAGUGAUGAAGAUUGGGCGAAAUUAAGAGGAAUAGGUUCAGAUGCGGAUAUCUUCGUGGAUUUAGCUAAACUCUGGCAAGAUGAGAGUCUGGAAAGAUCAAUUAGCGCUUAUCAAACUGCCUUAUCGAUAAAAUCGGAAUCUGAAUUAGAUGAAAUACCAAAUUCACAGGAAUUGAAACCACCCGAUCUAAAGACUGUAAGGAUGUCGGAUAAUUUGGGUGUACUUUUCCAAUUACAGGGUAAUGUUGAAACUGCCGAAAGAAUGUAUCAGGAAGCGUUACAGAAGAUAUCCUCGACGGAUGGUAAAGAAGCUGAGAUCCUGAAGACUAUUUUAGCAUAUAAUCUCGGUAGAGCGUAUGAGGAAGGUGGUGAUACCGUUAAAGCUGCUCAGUGGUAUAGGGAUGUUCUUAGGCAGCAUCCUGAACAUAUGGAAUCUAAAGUACGACUCGCCCUAAUCGCCGCUUCUGCUGGUCGAAAUUACGAUGCUCAUACGUUGCUCAAAGAAGCUCUCAAAGCUGAUGAGCCGAAUCUGACUCUGCGAUCGGUGUACUCCAACUUCCUGAUCUCGCUUGGAUCAUACAAAGAAGCUUUGGCUUUCACCUCCCAGACACUGAAAUACGAUAGAUCAGAUGCGUAUACUUUCUGCGCUUUGGGGUGGUUACAUUUCACCUUAGGCAGAGAAGCUAAAGCUUCCCAAGAAGUGGCAGAUAGACCUAAACAGUAUCUAAGAUCUGCUGAAGCUUACGAAAGGGCUUUACACAUCGAUCCGGCUUGUGCUCAUGCUGCUCAAGGUUUAGCCAUCGCUCUAGUAGAAGAUAGUUUGACUCCACCCAAAAGUAAUUUGAAUGGUGUAGAUGAAGGUAAACAUAGGGCGAGAUUGGCUGGUCAAGCGUUAUCGAUUUUCAGUAGGAUCAAGGAUAGUUUGGCGGAUGGUCCAGUCAAUGUUAAUAUGGGUCACUGUUAUUUCAUAAGAGGUGAAGAAGAAAAAGCGAUCGAAUCAUAUGGAACAGCUUCGAACGCCUUGAAAGGGCGAAAUGUGUCUGUUUUACUGUACCUUGCGAGAGCUUGGUACGCUCUAGCCAAUAGAGAAGGUAAUUUCAGUGCGAUGAAUAAGGCUUUGGGUUAUUGUCAACAGGCAAUGCACAUUCAACCUUCCGAUCGAGCUAUACUUUACAACAUAGCGAUGAUCCAGCAAAAGGCAGCCGAGAUGUUAUUCUCCCUGGACGUGUCUAAGAGAACAUUGGAAGAAUUAGUAAUCGCUUUGAAGCAAGCUCAGCAAGCUGUCAACACUUUCCGAGCACUUGCCGAUGACAGAUCCGGACCUCUUCCAUACGAUGCAGAUUUGGCUGAUCAGAGAGCCAAAUAUGGUGAUAUUCUGCUGAGAAGAGUACCAGGAGAGAUGGAUAAGCAGAAGGCCUAUGAGAACGAAUUCCAAGCUAGAGUAGAGGAAGCUCGAAAGAUGAGAGCCGCUGAGCAAGAGAGAAUACAAGCUGCUGAAGCUGCGAGAAGAGCAGAGAUCGAAGCUAAGGCUGCGGCUUUAGCCGAAGAACGACGUAAAGCUCGAGAAGAAGCCUUAGCAUGGCAAGAAGAGUUGAACGCCCGAGCGGCAGAGGAGGAAGCUAGAAAAGCGAAUAAUAUCGAGAAACGGAAGAAGAGGAAAGAACAGGGUACGAUCGAUUCUGCUGAUGAAGGUGGGGAAGAUGGUCAACCGAAAGAGAAGAAACAACGUAGGAAAUCUACCAAGAAAGAAGGGGGCAAGAAGGGUAGAAAGAAUAGAAGUAAGAGUGAAGUGCUUUCGGAUGAAGAUGAUAAUGAUAUUGUUCCUGAUGAAGGUGAAGAAGAGGAGGAGGAGGGAGAAGGUGAAGACGAAGAAGUGGUGAAAGCCAGGAAGGCAAGAAAUACUUUGGCAAUGCUUAAAUCAAAGAGGAAAUCAAGGAGGAACGUAGAAGAUCCCGAUGAGGAUGAAGAUGAUGAGAUCAAUUUGGGAGCUGCCAAAAAGGGUAAACAAUUCAAAUCAAAAGCAUACAUUGAAGAUUCCGACGAAGACGAAGAUGAGACUCCAGCAGUAGCAGCAGCGGAUGAAGAGACAAAAAAUGAAAAUGAGGGAUCACCUGCACCACCAUCUGAAAAUGGGGAAGAUAAUAAUGAUAAGAUGGAUGUGGACAAGGACGAAGAUCAAAAUGAAGAUUGA